GUCGCAUACGAAUGUAUGGCCAAUGCUUUAAUUGAAACAUUACUAAUGAAUUUGUCAUAAACAAUUAACCCAAACAUGUUGUAAAGCGGCAGAUAACAAUCCGCGCAGUACCGUGUUAGAAUACGAAAAUAGAAACUAAAGGAUGCCCAGCAAUAGCUCUGUUAAAAUAACAGUACUUAAUCUGCACUGUCUGAACCGCAAAAGCUAAAAUGAAAUUGAUCGGAAACAGUUUACUUCGUCUACAAUGUUCCUCUAGUUACGGCAAUGUAUUCGAUUCGACAUUAGUAUUGUAGAAGUAAAUAAUAUUUUAAACGGCCAAGUUUCCAGUUAGGAAGCAAAAGUCGCUGUUCCAUCAACGACACAAACGUAAACACUGUGCGCGUAAAGGGUCUACUAUUUACGGUAAAAAAUCUGCUGGUUUCUUGACAAAUGAAAACAAAAUGUUUUACAACAUACAAAUUGUUCCUGCGAAUCCGUAUUGCUAAUCGCCAUUUUAAAGAAGAUAGCAUUAAAGGAACUUAUAGUUCUUCAGUGACAACAACAGCAAUAUUACAACCAGUAUCAGUUUUUCAAAAAUCACCCGGAAUCAUAGGCAUUCGUGUUCACGCCAAACCAGCCGCCAAAGAGUCGGCGAUUACAGGUGUUACAGCUGAGGCCGUCGACGUGCAGAUCGGAGCACCUCCCGUAGACGGUGAGGCCAACACUGAACUUGUCAGAUUCAUAGCGAGACUAUUGGAUCUUCGAAAAAGUGAUGUUUCGUUAGAUAAAGGGAGCCGAUCACGUGAAAAGGUCGUUUUAAUUGAGAGCACUAUGAGCCCAGAAGAGGUCCGCGACAGACUCAAAGCAGCUGUGGAAUGAUCGUCUUAACGAAUAGGC